AUGGACACUUACCCGAAGCCAGUCAGCAAGUUGGUGGCAGAACCAGGACCUAAACUCCCAAGACUGUGCUUCGUUGCCAUGUUCCCCUGGGACCUGGAUCAGCUGGAAUAUUUUGGAGCCAACAAACCACAUGAAGCAGCCCACCAAAGCCUGGCCUCGAAGAUCUUCUGUUUAUGCUGCAGAGACUGUGAAGAGCCCUGUGCCGUGGGUGACUCCAAGGUCCCCAGUCAAACCCAAGAGCCUCAGCCAUCGACCUGCAGUAGGUCCCAGACAAGAACGCCCCUCCUGGCCUCUCUCGACCUUAUUGUGUUCAUCCCUCUUCUGCUGAGAUACUCAGAUUUCCUUCAGCUUUUGAGUGGUAAUUCCAACCUAACAUCAGGCUUGCAGAAGGAGGAGGUGGCCAGCAAGAACUCCAAUGUAGAUGCUAACGAAGCCUCCCGCUUACCUUUGGGACAACCUCUCAUCCACCCAGAAAAGAGAGCCUCCUCCACCAGCAACAAUGAGUAUGAAAAACGGAACACACAUGUGUGCCCAAGAGGCUUUUAUAAGAGAAACCUAAACUGCUACUCUCAGGAUCACUGGCCAUUCCAGCCGUGCCACAUUGGGAGACCCUGAGCAUUCUAGUCCACAGCUCCCAGGCAGGCCUCCAGGACUGCACGUUGCUAGAGGGGCUCCGGGAGGAAGGGGGCGGUGAGCAGGGGCCAUGAAGACAGAUUCAGAAACUCCCCCGGAGGAGAAGAAGAUGUCUGAGCCACCUCUGUGCCACCAGCAAGAAUCCCUUCAGCUCCUGAAAAAGCCACUGUGGGGGGAGCUGCCUCCGAUUAAAGCCCUUGGUGAUAUCACAAGACUGUGUCUCCUCUCCCCACCCCCCCCCACCACAACCAGGGAGUAGCUCUUCCAAAUGCCUUACUGCUUCUAAAUACAUUGUCACGUCUAACUAAGCUAAAACAAAAAAUUUAAGCCUAUGGAUAGC